GCCCCCAAGUACGAGACUCCUAAAUACGAGGCUCCUAAAUACGAGGCUCCUAAAUACGAGUCCCCCAAGUACGAGGCUCCCAAGUACGAGACUCCUAAAUACGAGGCCCCCAAGUACGAGGCUCCCAAGUACGAGACUCCUAAAUACGAGGCUCCUAAAUACGAGGCCCCCAAGUACGAGACUCCCAAGUACGAGACUCCUAAAUACGAGGCCCCCAAGUACGAGGCUCCCAAGUACGAGACUCCUAAAUACGAGGCUCCUAAAUACGAGGCCCCCAAGUACGAGGCUCCCAAGUACGAGACUCCUAAAUACGAGGCCCCCAAGUACGAGGCUCCCAAGUACGAGACUCCUAAAUACGAGGCUCCUAAAUACGAGGCCCCCAAGUACGAGACUCCUAAAUACGAAGCUCCCAAGUACGAGGCACCUAAAUACGAAACUCCCAAAUACGAAGAAGUGACAUACGCCCCGCAACCCUACAGCUUCGGAUACGAUGUCCAGGAUAAAGAAUCUUACAACGACUUCGAGCACAACGAGAAGGCUGACUACAACGUAGUCAGCGGAUCUUACCGCGUUGUUCUCCCCGACAGCCGCAUCCAGAUCGUCACCUACAAGGCUGACGCCAACGGAUACACCGCUGAUGUGAAAUACGAAGGGGAAGCCAAGUACCCCGAGUACGCUGAGCCCCAAUCCAAAGCUGAUGCUUCCUACUCCGCUCCAUCCUACAAGGCUCCCGAAUAUAAACAACCGGCCUACGUCGCCCCCGCUUACACCGCGCCAUCCUACACUACCCCAGCCUACAAGGAGCCAGUCUACACUACUCCAGCCUACACUACUCCAGCCUACACUACUCCAGCCUACAAAGCCCCUGCGGCCUACCCUAAAUAUUAGUUCUCAUCAAUUGCGUUUUCUUAAUUCUCAGAUUAUUAUUUAAUAAAUUCUUCAAACGAU